GGGAGAGACAGAACGUAACCCGAGACGGAUAAAGACUUCAAGACGAGAGAAAGAAAACAGUGCAAAAAUGGCAGAGGCCAGUGUAUCAUUAGCUCAAGAUCAGUUCACCUGUGCAAUCUGUUUGGAUCUUUUAAAGGAUCCGGUGACUAUUCCCUGCGGACACAGUUUCUGUAUGGAUUGUAUCUCAGACUGCUGGGAUCAAGAGGAUCCAAAGGGAGUCUACAGCUGCCCACAGUGCAGACAGACCUUCACUCCAAGGCCCGUUCUGGGCAGAAACACAAUGCUGGCUGAAGUGGUGGAGAAGCUGAAGCUUCUGGGACUCCAGUCUGCUCCUGCUGCCCACUGCUAUGCUGGACCUGGAGAUGUGGAGUGUGACGUCUGCUCUGGGAGAAAGCGAAAGGCCGUCAAGUCCUGUCUUGUGUGUCUGUCGUCUUACUGUGAAACUCACUUCAGACUUCACAACGAUUUGAAUCCAGGGAAGAAACACAAAGUGAUUGACGCUGCUGGUAAACUAGAGGAUCUGAUCUGCUCUCAGCAUGAUAAACUGCUGGAGGUCUUCUGCCGCACUGAUCAGACAUGCAUAUGUGUGCUGUGUGUCAUGGAUGAACACAGUGGACAUAAAACGGUUUCAGUCGCAGCAGAGCGGACAGAGAAACAGAAAGAGCUCGGAGAAACACAGAGAAAAUUCCAUGACGUCAUCAACGAAAAAGAGAUGCACCUACAUGACCUCAGAAAGGCUUUAAAAACUCUUCAGUGUUCUGCUGAUGCAGCAGUGGAGAACAGUGAGAGGGUCUUCACUGAGAUGAUCCGCUCCAUUGAGAAAAGACGCUCUGAGGUGACGAAGCUGAUCAGAGAUCAGGAGAGGGCUGAUGUGAGUCGAGCUGAAGAACUCAUGGAGACACUGGAGCAGGAGAUCACUGAGCUGAAGAGGAGAGUUGCUGAGCUGGAGCAGUUCUCACAAAGUGGACAUAACAUCAGUUUUCUCAAGAGUUUCCAGUCUCUGUGUGCCUCCUCUACAUCUGCCAAGUCAUCUACAUGCUCAGUGUAUACAGACAUGCCUUUUGACAGAGUGAGUGACAACCUCAACAUGCUCAAAGACAAACUGCAGGAUAUGCUCCACCAGGGACUAUCGGACAUCACUGAAACUGCUCUGCAGGCGUCUCCUGAGCUGCUGUGUGUGUUGUGUGAUCAGCCUCUGCUGCAGCUCUGCCUGCCGUACGCCAGCCUGCUCCACUGCCCCCCUCCACACCACAAAGCAGCGCUGAACCACACGCUCCUCAUGGACACACUGGAACCGGGCCGCCUGGUACUGCUGCCUCUGGGUCAGUACGCGCCUGAAGCAUCGUCUGGCUGCCUCAACGCCAUGACGCCACUCAAACUCCUGCACGCGCUCCGUCAGCUGACGAGUCCGAAACACUCUCCACCUCCAAUUGGACACGGCCACCAGCGCCCGCCUCCGGCUCCUCAAGCGGCCAAUCAGAGAGCGCCUCCAGUGGCGAAGGGCGCCCUCUUGCAGUCUGGAGUGGUGGUGGCGCUCCGCCUGUUUCAUCUGGGCCGCUCUCCUCCACUGGGGCAGCUGAGAGCUUUGGGUGGGCCCAGGACAAAGUCAUGUGAAAUGGAACACCAUUCUGGGGCCCCCUCUGACCCUGGGCCCCCUCUGAGCCUGCCCCACCCCACCCCCACCCACCCUCCCAACUUCCUUGCUGGUGAAAGUGUGGACGAGGCGUUUGCGCUGUGGAUCGAGCAGUGGGCCAAGCUGUACGAGGACGAGUCUCCGUCCCGCAUGAUCAGGGGUGGACUGGCCAUCUGGCCUUGGAAGUACAAUACAGAGCUCACGUGA